AUGGAGAUAUCUACUCAUCAAAAUUCUUUAAUACCAUCAUUUCAACGGUAUUCGCAAUGUGAAGGUGGAUCUGGGGCGUCAUUCGACGUCUGCAUGGAUGAUUACACCUUUCAUGCGGAUUUUAUAAACUGUGGCGAAGAAUGUUCCUCCAUGGGUUCAUCUGUUCCGUCAUUCGGAAACGAUUCUGAGGGGAGCAGUGAUAAUUCUGAUAUGAUAGAUGACGCCUCAAGUGAGACAAGGUUGCGAGAACGAACGAAAAGCGGAUAUGUAGAGCUCACAGCUUCGUCAGAGAUGCUGCGAAUUCGAUUUCCGUUUCAGUCCAUCAGUGUUCGCCUGGCUGACUUUUUAUGCCUUCAGGAGAACGAUUUACUCAACGACACGAUUGUGGAUUUCUAUCUUAACCAUGUUGUUGAGCACAUUCUUCCUGAUGAGCCGAACAAACGAGUCACUGUACUUCCUUCAGUGUUUUGGCACAACUUGUCAAUACUUCAUUCUGGAGCCCAGGUUGAUGACGCAGACGUUACUCUUACUGAUGAUCAAAAGCUUGAUGCCCGAUUCGGAGAUGUUUUGGACUUUGUAGAAGAUUUCGAUUUUAUCGAUGUUGACUAUAUCGUUGUACCUGUAAAUGAGUGGGAACAUUGGUCGUUGGUGAUUGUAUGCCAUCCUUUCACCGCUCGCGCAAGAAUGCUUUGCUUUGACUCUCAGCUAAGUGAGGAUCCGAACAAUAUGCAAAACAUCUCUAUUCUCUGUGAUGAUUUUCUAAAGUACGUGUGGCUACGACGUCGCCAGCAGCCACUUUGUUCCAUGGAAAGGAUGCGCUGCAUUGUCCCUGAGCGCCUGCCUCAACAGAGCAACAACUACGACUGUGGACUGUAUAUCGUUGAAUUUGCUCGACGAUUUCUUCUCGCACCACCAUCUAAUGUGGGUAUUUUUCUCAGUCCAACUAUUAAACAGACCCGUAAUUUCAUCACUUUGGCUGUUUCCUGA